ACCUCCCUGUCCUUCCGUUUUUUCUUUUGCACUAUGUACAACCAGUACAACUCGGAAGUAUCAGAAGUAUCCACCGUACUUAAAGUGAUGAUGUGCGCUAAUAACUGACGUAAAAACAAACAAAAAUAGCUCCACGGGCGCCAUCUGGACUACGCUGGACCCCUUGCCUACAUGGCUAAGUGUGCAAGCCUUAACGAGACAUCGGCAUCGAACAAGAUGGCAGCUUCGAGCUCGCACUGUGGUAUAUCGUUCAUCGCGCUGAUCAUAUAGACCGCAGUAUGUCCGGAUUCACAGAGGCUGCAUUGGAACGAAAGCUAGCUGAGCUAAACAACUCGCAGCAGAGUAUUCAGACGUUGUCUCUAUGGCUUAUUCAUCAUCGAAAACAUCACAAGACUAUCGUGCAUGUCUGGCUACGAGAACUCAAGAAAGCCAAACCGGCUCGGAAGCUGACGUUUAUGUAUCUUGCAAAUGAUGUCAUCCAGAACAGCAAAAAGAAAGGACCUGAAUUCACCAAGGAGUUUGCUACCGUUUUGGCUAAAGCCUUUGCCCACAUAUCAGUGAGAGAUACAGACCAGAAGACGCAUGCAGGCUUGCGGAGAAUUCUUAGUGUGUGGAAAGAGAGAUCUGUUUUCGAUUCUCAUCAGAUUUCGGACUUUGGCCAAUAUCUCUCGGACAAGGUGUCUGAAGCAGAAACCGUGAAAGACUCUGGCCAAGAUGCAGUGUACCGCAAGGGACAUGCCCCAGUUUCACACGAGGGCACGCCUUUAUGGAAUGAUGCCGAGCCUGCGGCAAAGCGAAAGAAGCCUUCUGAUCCUGGCGAAGAACCUUCAGAGAAGACAGACGCUGCCAAGGAUGCCGAAAAGCCGGGAGAACCACCAGAUCCGGGUGUUCUGAUCAAGGCAUUGGCAGACUUGGAGAACACAGCCUCCUCUGAUGCUGUUGUUCGAGAACGUAUAGCCAGUCUACCACCAGAGGUUUCAGAUGCCUCCUUGCUAGAGAAAAUUCAGGACCGACAGGCAGCAGACCGUCUUUCUGCCCAAGUGGAGGAGGCAUGCUCAUUGCUGGCCGAGUACAACAGCCGGUUGGCCCAGGAAUUAGAAGACCGCAAGCAAGUCUCGCAGAUGCUGGCCAGCUUUACGUUCCACCAGCGAGAGCUCAUGGCACUUGCGGAGCAGAAACUUGAGGAACACCGAGACAAGCUGCACAAGGUGACGCAUGUCAGAAACGAGCUAAAGUCCCACCUGCAGAAUUUACCUGACCUUACCUUGCUGCCAAGUGUCACCGGUGGUCUGGCACCCUUGCCAUCAGCUGGGGAUCUCUUCAGCCACCAGUGAUUCUUGUCUGCUCGGUUCUCAGGCCACAAUAGACUGCUUCUGGCUGCAUGACGUGCAGUUGGUCCUCUCUGGUUAGCAGCCAUGAGUUGAGGCUGUCAUUGUGCAUUGAGGGAACACUUACAAAGUAGUGCUCUUCUCCACCCCCAGUUAAUUCUGGCUUCUCUCUUUCCUGCAUCUCUUCCUAUUGCAUUGUAGGCUUGCUCUAGUUUUUGUGAGGGUGCACUCUGUGCUGUUAUCUGGCUACUGUGGUCAACACAGCAUAGUCACCUUUUCAGGCCAUUUGUAAGCCAUGUGCACCUUCAGGAUGCUAAGUAUGAAAGAAUGUUAGAAUGUUUGGUCUGCUCUAAAGCUUUAAAGGCAUGCAUAAGCUGCCAUUUUCUUUUUCUCUCAGCCUCCUUUCCCUAACACCCCAAGCAUAGAAUACAUUAUUUUAAGAGCAUAAAUGUCACUUCAGUGCAAAUAUGUCAAUGCACAACUCACUUUGCUAUGAACUUUUGUUAAAAGUUAAGAAGCUUGAAAAGCUGUCAGGAAGACAUGCAGAUGCAUACUUGAGCCAUUAGUACAUUUCUUGUAAUAAAGAAAACCUCACAUAAGACAUGCAUGAAUGCAGUACAUAUAUGCACUCAGCUGUCACAUAUGUGUAUCUGUUCAUCCCUGUUGAAACUUUCUGGUAAUUGAAAGAAAGCUUCGGCAUUGUCAUUUCCGACAGCGCCAGAACUGAAUGCCGUUUUCUAAUUUACUUUUGUCUAUUAUGAAAAAGCCAGUGAACACACAGUCUGUAGAUUUUAUAAUGAAAAAGUGCAGACGUCUUGUGUUUGUGUUAUAUACUAUAUAUAUUCUGUGUACAAGCUGUGUUAUGCACUAGAGGAUGAUGUCACCAGUCAGACUGGUUUUUGUUUGUUUUUAAACAGUGGGUGGUCUAAACCAGACUUGUAAAUGUUGCAGAAAAGAGCAACCAAUUAUUUUUAUGUUACUUUCCUUGCAAUUUUGUGCAGGAUUUCUUUGCUUACUCACACCAGAAAAGUAGUUUUUUACAUGAUCUUUCCUCAAAUGGAACAGCCCACAUUUAGAAAAAUCCUGCAGUACAGUAAUGCCGCAUAUCACAUUCAAAAGCCAAGUCUCUUGACCAUUAUGCUACAUCCGCAAGUCUGAGGUGUGAAUAAACCUCUAUUAUACGCAUGAAAUGCUCAAUAAAAAGAGACCAAAGUGUAACUGCAGUUAUGUAUCACAUCCCCAAAGGGGUUUCUUGUAAAAUGCACAGGCACUGUUAUGUAGCGUCGGGGGUUGCAUAUCCUUCGACGACGCAACAUGCUUUCGCUGUCUUAAUUGCUGGGGAACCUAGGGCAAACUUGGAUAUUUUACGACUACGGAAAAGCUAAACCAUAGUGAAAUACCGGAUGUGAUGCCGGCAUUACAAGCUGCACGACCUGCUAUUAAUAUGAGGAAACAAAUACAGAAUGCUCAUGUUUACCUGUCAAAAUAUGCACAUUCAUUAGGCUGCAACAUUCCACAACUGUGGGCAUGUUACCGUGGUUCGCGCCAAGUACAAGUGCUAAAAGCUAAAUUUACUGUUACAGCUUGCCUUGUUACAUGUGGUUAACUAUGGAAAAAAAGUAAUUCUAUUAUAGUGACCAUUACCAAGUAAGAAAUAAUUAAUCGAUUUUAAAAAUACCAAAAGGUGUAAUUGAUUACAAAUAGUCUGUUACAUGUAAUUAGCCACGUGAAAGUCUGGUCUAAACCAGUGAGCAUGUGUGUGUGUGUGUGUGUGCAUCAGUUUUCUUUUUCCCUCUUGAAUAUAUGAGCUGCAAGGCGGUAUAAAAGUGGUAUUUAGGUGUAGCUAGCAUUUUUUUGCCUUUUCUUUUUUCAAUUUGUAUUAAGACAUGCAUGCAUGAACCAUACCAGCCCGUGCUAUCUGGUAUGUAUGUGACCAUGUUAGUUUUUACUGAAUAAUGUAUGUUUUUAAAUAGUAUGCGUUAGUACCAUAGGGGCUUAAUGUUAAGCAAAGAUUGUUUAAAAGAAAUUUUUGUGGUGUGUCUGAUUGUGAAAGCAGUUUGCAGAACUGGGUCAGUUUCCUUUCGUGUGUGACAGAAUGAGCAAGUGUACAUGAAAUUUCAGCAUGACAUUGUGUUGCUGACUUGUCUGUGCAUUGAAAUAUGCAGGGGUGGUACAGCUGCGCCAAAGCCCUACAUUUUUCAACUUGCUGCACUGAAAUUGUAAAAAUGCCUCGAAUUGGGCCAGAGCUGCUCCAUAACACUGAGCACGACUUCGAGGAGUUCGUACUUGGUCCUGUUUUAGAGGAAAGUAGCAGCUAGGUAGAUAACGAGGAUGUCAGGGUAUUUUUUUAUUUUCGGGAUGCUGCGUGGGAGUCACUGUAAUCAUAAUCACGCGAUUCCAUCCUGUGUGUUGCUUUAUGCAGGUUCAAUGUGUGGCUGUGUCUGUGCUUUGUUGGGGCAUAUCACUGGCAUAAUGUGACAUUUAUCUCGUAAGAGGCCAACACUCAUGCACAGCCAUGCCUGCCAGUGGGCCCGGUAGACCAAAACGCUUUGUGGGCUGGUUACUCAGCGUCAAGAGAUGCCUUGGGUUUUAAGUAUGUAGCACUUUAGGGGCGUGUCGUCCGUCAGUCUCGUGUGAUCGCACUCAAAAUCAAGUGGUCAAUACAGCCUAAAACAAGGCUAGCAAUGCUCAAAACUGGGUUAAAUAAAUGAACAAGGUCUAAAAUAAUGUAAUUUGCAGAAAUAACUGAGAAGUAAUUGCAGUAAUUAACCUAAAAUCAUUAAAAUGCUUCGAAAACAUGCGGCUGACACCCGUGCUACGCAAGAGAGGGCACCACCGCCUCGCCAAGCGUGCAAUUGCUCCUUCCACCAGCUCUUCUCUGGCAUCUUCGCUACAUCUGAAGGGGGAAACAAUCUGAUGGAGCUCGCUGCAGACGACGUGUAUCUCAACUGCCGUAACAAGCAAGGAAGUCAAUAAAUCAAAGCAAAAAGUAUUGCACAUGUCGCACACAGAGUUUGCAAAUCUCCCUAACAAGAUUCUACUCGUGCCUGGGAAACCCUACAUGCUUACCUCAAGCAUUGACGUCAUAGACGGUUUGGUAAACGGAGUAGUGGGAACUCUACGAGCGGGAAUAGCUGGGUGCCCGUGCUGUGCAUUUCCUCAGGUUUCACAGCAGCGGAGCUGCAUUUAGCGCAGGAUUUAGAACUACACCAAUCGCUACGCAAUUUUUUAAAAUGACUUUUUAUUUGCAUUGUUAAAACGGAUUCAAAUUGUUUAAGUGUGUUUUUUAAUGGGUUUGCGCUAGGACACCAAUGCCAACAAAGAAACUGCUGCAAGAAUACUUGCGACAUAUGAAGUGGCCAUCUAGUGAAGCGGCAAAGCCUUGACAGCCAUAGCAAUGUAUUGGACAGCAUGUGAAUUAACUUGUUUUGUCGGUGAUAUAUGUUGCAGCAAACAUAAGCUUAGUAAUUAAGGUAAAAGCUUGUUGCCACGCAUGCCCAGGCAAACAAACAGAUCUCGCUCGAUGAUUGCCAGCAGUCACUGUCCCAGUGCUUGCUUGAUGAACAGUGCAGACAGUGGUGAACAAAUGCUUCACGUAUCCUCAUACUUCAAUGUGUCUUCAAAGGUUGAGAUGAUGAGACUUAAACACCGUGUAUAUGAAGCUACCAGCUAUCACCAGAUUUCCUGCAAGAUCGGGCAUGGGUCGUCUAUGUGCUCGGCAGCGCGAGUCCAAAGACCGUGGUGGGGCUAGGUAGCGUAUGAGGCGCAUAUUGAUCUACUGUUAGGGGAUGCACAAUCACUUGCUUCAUUGAGCUGCUCCAUAUUUGGAGUGUUCUGUUCAAAUUUAAAGAGUUCAUCUCGAAAAGCAUCCUUCUUUCCCUCCCUGUUAACCUCUUUCUAAUUGAAUGUGUUCUCCAAGAGCUUGUCCAGCUGUCCCACCCCUGAUUGUGCCAGAAUGAAACCAGCAUAAUGUAGAACAGUUGUGCUUUUGCAUGCGGUAUUUUUUACAAUACCUGUUGUUGGUUCUGCACGAGCUGGUACUUUACAUGUCAUUAUAUGCCUUUUAUUUGUGUUACACUGGAACGAUUGUGACAGGUGGCAGUGACGCGGUAGUUAGUAUAACAGCAUUGAGGUCCCUGUAUACAAGAGCCUUCAUUGAAACUUGUUACUAUAUAAUUGACAAAAAACAUUUUUUUCUAUGUCUUGUUAUCUUCCCCGUGUGUUAUGUUUGCUUUGUUAUGUGCUCAUUGGCAUUGUAAAGCCUGUGGUGUCAGAAGGACAAUACAGGCCACUUACAUUAAUUCGACCCUGAAAAAACCAACAAAAUUGGUCAAAUAACCUGGCAGUUCGAAUUAAACAAGUGACUGAAAACAGUAAAAACAAACUUUUGCUUCAUUUGGCAGUACUUGCCCAAUUCUAACACAUGCUCAUGUCGAAUGAACAUCCACUUUUUAUAAUAUCAAAGUAGAAAACACAAAGGAAAAUUGUGUUAGAGCACCUAAAUAAAAUAGAAAUCAAAAGAGUCUAACCAGUGAACUUUACCUUCACAGAAUGAAAGUUUUACUUGGGUUCCAUUUCAUAUUUGAUAUUCUGCAGUUAUCAAACUACUCAGCAGUGAUCAUAAAUAGGUUGUUGCUCCUGCAAUGCCUGCAAUUCUCUGGAAUGACAAAGCAUACGAAGUGACUGUUACCACUAGCCAAGAAGGUUUAAAAAAUGGUGGAGUGGAAAUUAUGCCUGUAAAGUGAAACCAGACCUCCGCCAUCCUAAGAGAGGCAUGAUAAAAUGGUAGCAUACAGCAAAGAAAAAAAAAAAGCAAUGUUUUCCUUGCAAGCCCUACAAGUUUAUUAGGGCUCAUUUUUCCAGUAAGGUACAUGUGCAUCCUUGUGUUACUGGUUUCCUUCAGAAGCCUGUCUGGGCAAAUUUUAUAGGAGAUCACAUCAUCAGUAUUCGUCUUGGCAUGUUGCUUACAUUGGGAACAAUAUCUUAUUUUGUAGUUAACCUAGCGUUUACAUUAACAGAGCAAAACCACUUGAUCUCUAAGCGGGCAUCACCCGACAAGCCCAUGAUUCAGAGAUAAAGUAGGGCAAGUGCUGACUUCACCUUUACCUGUAAGGCGUUGCAAGAGCUUCCAUUCCAGAAUUGUUUCUAAAACCUCAUUGCCACUUCAACAUCUAAAAUAGCUUGUAGUUUCAAUGUCUUUUUGUAAUCGGGCUAAAGGUGGCGUGUCACCAUCGUUAUGCUAUGCGAGAUUGUUCGGUUGCCAUCUUGUAGUGGCACUGGCUAGGUUGGCUCUGACAGUACGCUGUUUUGAAUGCGGGAAAUAUUGUUUGUUUCAUGCAUUUUCAAGUGAGUUUUCUUCUAAAAGAAUGGUUUGUAUUAAAACUAAUGGAAUAUAAUUCAUGUUGAGCUACCGUUACACUUAAAAUCUGUCUGAGGUAGGCUGGAAAUGUAGAUUUUUAUAGGAAAUGACAUUUCUUUGAUACAUGCACUGUUGCCUAAGUGCUACCAAGACUAACACCUCUGCUGUUAAGAAUUACCACUGGCAUCGCUACAGGGUAUCAUCACUGUAGAGUCCUGCCAAGUUCAAAAUUACUUGACUGAGGCCAAAUUCAGUAUCGAAAUAACAAGAUUUAGGCCAUAAAUGUGUAUGGGGCUGGCCAAGACCUUCAGUCAGAACAGAGUUAAAAAGUGAAGUAACCAGGGUCAAAUUAAUGAAAGUCUACUACACAUAUGUGGCGUUCAUCGUGUACUGCUUCUAUUUAAGCAACAUGCCCGUGCAGAAAAAAAAAAAUCUAUAUUCAUGAUUGUUUCUCACGAGUAUGUCAAAAGCUUUAUUCAGCUCUCUCUCCCUCACUUUUUUUUUUCAUUAAUAAAAUGAAAAUUUGUUUUUAAUGGAGAGCCUACAGUGGUUUCCUGAUAUGUACUGUUAAAACAUGGAGGUAGGUACGUGACUUGGCUGCCAUUUUAUGUGCCAUCUUUCUUCCCUGCUGCGAAAGAAAGCUAUUCAGGCCCCUACAAGUCUUUUCACUUGGGAAGAACAACGGCAUCUCUUCCCUAAUUAGAGCACGCGAGUAGAAAAGCGUAUGCUGAAACUUCUUCAGUGUUUAUUUCUUAGUGGGAGUGCUCAUGUGUGUUUGCAACAAGAAGUUUUGUGCUAGUGCUCGGGUAGCACUCAUUGGAAACUGUACUGACAUGCUUAAAGGGAUAUUAAAGUGAAGCAAUGAAUCAAUUUAGAGUGACAAAUUAUUCUUUGAAAAGUUUACUGUCAUAAAUUUCACCAUCAUAGGUUUAAAGUUUCAAUUUCAAAUUUCACGCCGAAAUCGCUGUACAUGGUCGUCAGCAUAUCAUUGUGGAUUUCAAUGUUUUUUUUUUUUUGUGUGUGCGCGUGUGUUUUGGCCACAUUGGCUCAAUAAAAAUUUCCUGAAGCUUGGUA